AUGCGCUGCACAGGAGCCCCUGCCGUGGCGACCUCCUCGUCGUCUCCAGCCCCGCACGCGCGAAGUCCCGCGCCCGUCCGCGACCUGCCGUCCGCGCCCCUGUGGCCCGCCGGCCGGCCCGGCCGCUUGCUGCUCCGCCCGCCCGCGGCGGCUCGUUCCCCCUCCGGUGCGCUGCUCCGCCUCCGCCCACACCAAGUGGGCGCCCCGGGCCCCGCCCCACAAACCGCACGGUCGGCCUCGUCCCCACGCGCGGCUCGCCUCCACGCGGCUUCACCCUCGACCGUGCUCGGUCCCGACGCGCCCGACUGCCCGUCCGGCCGGCUCCGGGUUCCCCACCCCAGCGGCCGGGAAGCCGCCCUGCGCCCCGUUGCCGUCUCCACCAACCGCGCCCAUCGGCGCCUCCGCACGCCCCGUGUCGACUCCCGCUCGCCCCACGCCGGCUUUGCGCCUCCGCGGCCGGCUCCGCCUGCUCCGCCGGGCCACCUCCUCGCACCGGCACGGCCGCGCGCGCGCUUGCCCCACCUCGAGCCCAGCCGCGUCCGGCUCCCCCCUGCCGCCCCGCGCCCAGCCGGGUCCGGAGGUUCGCUGGACUCGAAGGCGAUGGCUAGCGAGUCACGGCCCACCGCUGAAUCUCCCAAGGCCAAGGGCGACGCCGAGGUGCUGUCCCGGAGGACCUUCCCCGGCCAGGGAGAUGGUUAG